AUGACAAGUCGUUCGUCCUUCAAUGUCGUUUCUGCGCCGCUUUCAGAGCUGGCAGACCCCCCAACGCGACUCAUGGAUGCCGUUGCCAUGGACUAUUUCAUGAUCGAACUCAUUCCAACAUUACGGCGGUCUGCAGCAAUCGCGACUGAACGGCGCAAGAAACUCGAGAAGGAAAUGGUGGAUGCGGGGCUCAUACCGCCACCCGCCCCGCCUCCAAAGGUCGACAAACCUAGAGAGAGCCAAGGACCGCAUGAUUCAGUCACCAGCUUGACGUCCAAGAUCUCAAAACCACCCAUAGAUGAUGAGGAAGAGGCCGUGCGGGUACGAUUGGAGACAAUCGGUAUGCACGUCGGGGCCAACUUCUCGGAGAGGCUAUGUCUGAACAAACCACUCUUCACCGAAACCCUCGACGCAAUCAAGUUUAUAUGCAAGGAUAUUUGGGUUGCUUGCUGGGACAAACAGGUUGAUAACCUGAGGACGAAUCACCGGGGGGUAUAUGUAUUGCAAGAUAAUCUAUUCAAACCCAUAGCGCGUCUGUCUUCGUGGCAGGGACGAGCGGAUGCGCUGCGGAAAUCGAAGAUAUACGUCGCGCUUCCCGCCGGGAUCAUAAAGGGCGCUCUGUCCCGUCUCGGCAUUCAGGCUACGAUAACGCCUGAAAUCAACUCCUUGCCACAAUGCACGUUCCAGGUGAAACUGCCGAAGGGGAGCUGA